AUGAAGAUUCAAUAUGUUCCUUUCAUCGUGGGUGCAAUUGUUAGCCUGGCCUCCUCAACAUGGGCCAGUAUUGUGACCUACGAAUUCAACAUAUCCUGGGUCACUGCCAACCCCGAUGGCGCAUUCCCACGUCCAGUCAUUGGCAUCAAUGACCACUGGCCACUCCCUACCCUGAGAGCUAGCGUGGGUGAUACAAUCAUAGUCAACGUCUGCAACAACCUGGGUAACCAGUCCACCUCGCUACACUUCCACGGACUCUCCAUGAAAGGUUCUCCACACAUGGACGGCACAGCCCAAGGUUCUCAAUGUGGAAUUCUCCCCGGUGCAUCCUUUCAGUAUAAUUUCACGGUCCACGAAUCAGGAACCUACUGGUACCAUUCUCAUUACCAUAUUCAGUAUCCCGAUGGCUUGCGCGGUCUUCUUAUCAUCGAUGACCCCAAUUCCUCCUACAAGUCGGCCUACGAUGCAGAAAUCGUCCUUUCGCUAUCAGACUGGUAUCAUCACCAGAUGUCGGACCUUUUACCGACGUUUAUGAGCGCAAGCAACCGCAUGGCGAUGGAGCCAAUGCCGGAUUCUAAUUUGAUGAAUGAUAGUCAGAAUAUCAGUGUUCCUGUCGAACCAAACUCUACUUAUCUAUUUCGGCUGGCGAAUAUCGGCGCGUUCAUGGGACAGUACUUCUGGAUUGAGGGACAUAAUAUGUCAAUCGUCGAAGUAGAUGGGGUGUAUACCCUACCCGCGGAGACGGAAAUGGUUUAUCUUGCAGCUGGCCAGCGAUGCAGCGUGUUGGUCACUACCAGGGAAGAAGCCACGAGAAAUUAUCCUAUUAUUGCGGAGAGUGAUACGACAAUGGGCCACCACACCAGCGCCUUCGGCUGGCUCGAGUACAACUCCUCCCUCCCGAACCCCGAGCCACAACCAGUCGACCAAUACAACAUCUUAGACGACAUGACCUUAAUCCCCUACGACGAGCAGCCCCUCCUACCCUCCCCCUCUACAAUCGUAACCCUCAACAUGAACAUGAAGAUUCUCGAAGACGGCAUAAACCACUGGACCCUCAACAACAUCAGCUAUUCACCCCCCGAAACCCCAACCUUACACACAGCCCUCACAUCCGGAGACCUAGCAACCCUCCCAGAGACAUACACCCCCCAAUCCCACCCCAUCAUCCUCAACCACAACGAAACCGUCCAAAUCGUGAUCAAUAACCGGCACAUGGGCCGGCAUCCCUUCCAUCUCCACGGUCAUCAGUUUCAAGCCGUGUAUAGAUCCGAGGACUGGGCGGGGUCGUUUUUAGAUUCUGAAGUCAGCGAGGAUGAUUACGCGCGGUAUCCGAUGCGAAGGGAUACAAUUGUUGUGAAUCCGGGAGGGAGUUUAGUUCUUCGCUUUCAGGCUGAUAAUCCAGGAGUCUGGCUCUUCCAUUGCCACAUGGAAUGGCAUGCUUACUCUGGAUUGGUGGUUACGUUUGUGGAGGCGCCGAUGGUGCUGCAACGGCUGAUUGGGCUUGAUUUGGUACCUGGGCGUCAUUUUGAUGUGUGUUCCGAGAUGGGGGGAUCGUUGGUCGCGGAUAUGCAUGAGGAUGAGUCGCAGAGUGAGGAGGCUUCUGUAGAUGGGUAA